AACGUCACCGAUUUCGCUCGUUCUCGAGAAUUUCGCGAAUGUGUUCCAUUUGGAAUCGAUAGGCGCGUUUUGGAUGUUUUGGUCUACCUUAAGGUUUUUUUAUUACAUUUUAUUUUGGGUUUUUUAACUCGCGACUCAACCCCGAACUGAAAUAAAAUACGUGCGUUGCUCUCACAAUGAGACGAAAAACAACUUCUUGAUGAGUUUUUAGCUGGCAGCAGACAGAACUCCCCCACAUAGUAAAAAUAAAAUCUACCAAGUCGCGCGCGUGCAAUUUUUAACAAUUUCAGCUACCAAAUAAACUGCCCAACUCAAGUACAGUAAAUAAACAACGACACCACCGAAGCAACAGCGAGCCAAAGCACACACACAACCGCCCAUAAAAAGAGAAUAUAAACGAAGUGAAUUUAUAUAUAAUAACAAAUAUUUAUAUAUAUUUAGUAAAUGGAUCUGAAACAUAGCGCCACCAGCGUCGUUGAGAGCGCCGAUUCGUAUAUAGCAACGAGUAAAUCAACAGACAUGAUCACGCACAAGGACAAGGAGAGCAAAGCGCCCAAUGCUCCACCCGAAGGGUAUAAGGUCUAUGCAAGACGCUGGGCGGUGCUCAUACUCUUUGUAUUCUAUUCAGCAUCCAAUGCCAUGCAAUGGAUACAAUACACCAUUAUCAACAAUAUAAUAACACGUUACUAUGGCAUCAGUGACAAGUGGGUCGACUGGACGUCUAUGAUUUAUAUGAUAUUGUAUAUACCGCUCAUAUUUCCAGGCAGUUGGUUUCUCGACAAAGUGGGAUUGCGCAUUACGGCGCUGGUUGGCAUUGUGGGCACUUGUUUGGGCGCUUGGAUCAAGGUCUUCUCGGUGGACCCAUCUUUGUUCUAUGUCAGCUUCAUUGGACAGGCAAUUGUCGCGCUUGCACAGGUCUGCAUUUUGUCGCUGCCCGCACGUCUGGCAGCCGUUUGGUUUGGACCCGAUCAGGUAUCCUCGGCCACCAGUGUUGGCGUCUUUGGCAAUCAGCUGGGCGUGGCUGUUGGAUUUGUGUUGCCACCGAUGCUGGUGCCCAACUCGGAUGAUCUGAAUCAAGUGGGCAGCGAUCUGCAAUUGAUGUUCUAUCUGGUCGCCGGACUCACCAGCAUACUGCUCGUCCUCAUGGCCAUUUUCUUCCAGGAUAAGCCGCCGACGCCACCAUCGGCUGCCCAGGAAGCUGCACAGCGUCUGGAGGGCAUUGCCGAGGAGCAGGUCAGCUUUUUCCAAUCGCUCAAGAAUCUGAUGACCAAUCGCAAUUUCAUCUUUCUGCUGCUCUCCUAUGGCAUCAACGUGGGCGUUUUCUAUGCCAUCUCGACGCUACUCAAUCCGGUGGUGCUUAAGUAUUAUCCAGGUCAUGAGGUCGACACGGGUCGCAUUGGUCUGAGCAUUGUGCUGGCCGGCAUGCUGGGCUCGGUUGUAUCCGGCAUUGUUCUGGAUAAGACGCACAAGUUCAAGGAGACAACGCUAGCCGUGUAUGCGCUCUCCAUGGUGGGCAUGUGGAUAUUCACCUUUACACUGGACACUGGACAUAUCGCAGUCGUCUAUCUGACGGCCUCGCUCCUUGGUUUUUUCAUGACUGGCUAUCUGCCGGUGGGCUUUGAAUUUGGCGCGGAGUUAACGUUUCCCGAGCCGGAGGGAACUUCAUCGGGGCUGCUGAAUGCCUCGGCGCAGACCUUUGGCAUUUGCUUUACACUCUUCUACUCGGAGCUCUUCUACUCGUACGGAGAUGUGCCCGCCAACGUGGCGAUGGCUGUGAUGCUGAUUGUCGGCACUGCGAUCACGGCGGCCACCAGAUCCGAUUUGCGGCGACAGAAUGCUCAAGUGGUGCAACCCAGUGGUCAAGCUGUUAAUCCGUAAACAAACCAAUACACACACACAUACAGACACACCACAAAAACGGAUACACCCACACCCACACACACACACAUACACACACACAGGGUCGCCCUUUACAAAUUUGAUGAUAGUAUUUGUAAUGCAUAUCGAUUUAAAAUUAUUGUUUUUUAAUUUAUUGCAUUUGUUUGUUAAACGUGCUCGUUUGUGUUGGUAGCUUUAAGUGAAAUGUGUUGAAUUUUACAAUUGUUUAUUAAAAAUUGCAUAGCAACAUUUGAAACACAAAAACACA